CUCUAUGCUUCGAGAGACCAAAGCGCUUCCCAGCGCCGUCUUCCCGCCACCCGAGCCGGCAUGGGAGCUCACAGCCGCGGUGGCGGGAAGCUGGCGGCCCCAGGGCCGCAGGCAAAGCGAACGGGCCAGAGCUGCCCCCAAGCCGGGUCCCAGCAACCUCUUCAGCCCGCCCAGCCGCGGCAGCUCCCCCCAUCAGCCAUUGUUCCCGCCUCGUCGGGGCGGCCUCUGCUCGGCGCCGCCCGCCCUCCGCCCGUGGGCGGGCCGCGCCGCGCCGUGCGGUUAGGUUGAGGCUCGCUGCGUGUGUCUAUAACUUUGUGUUGCUGCCGGUGGUUGUUAGGAGGAGGGAUGUGGAAGUCGGCGGCGAGCAGGGUGACAGGCUGCUCGGGCGGGCUGCGGCGGCGGGCGGCUGGAGCGGCGCGGGCGGAUCGUUUGCCUCUCGCCGGCUGCUCGCUGAGGGAGCGGGCGGUUUGCCGCUUUCCCCUCCUUCGCCUUUAAAGGGAAGGCUCCUCGGAGCUGAAGGCGCAGGAGCAGCAGGAACCAUGCAGCAGAGCUGCUUCUUCCUCCCGUGAAUUCGGAUCUCGAUUUCUGCCGGUGUGGAGGUGGCUGUUGAUUCUCCCCCCCACUCCCUCCUCUCCCGAUGUAUCUCUCCCUGCCUCUUCUGCCUGCGCUUUUUAAAUGACUUGAGUGAAAGGGGGAAAAACUGUCAAGAUGGCAGCAGCAGGAGCAAGGAGGUUAUGAAUGUGGUGUUGAUGCUGGAACAAAACCUAUUCUCUUUGGCAGCCCUGAGGAGGGCUUAAAGCUUCUGGACCUGUUGGAAGACUGGCGAUUUGAUUUGCUCCCGUUGUGUUUGCUUUUUCUGUGCGAGAAGAAGGAUUUAUUAAUUCUUUUUAACCGACCAGCCCCUGGGGUGGCCUUCUUCCAACCUCUGCUCCGUCGGAUGUGAGAUUUUGGGGGGGUCGCCUGCGUGUGGCUUGGGGGGCACCCGCAAAGUGACAGGCUUACGCUAGUAUGCAAUUGGAUGUACGUUGAGACUUCGGCGCCCUUUAGGGCGUUUUGAGGAAGGAAAAAGUCUUCGGCGUAAUCUCUGAAGGACCCCGCUCCCUGUCCUCCUGCUGAGGGAGGGGGCAAAGGACCAUCCCCCCGCAAAAGGGAAGGUAUCUGCGGAAGCGACAAGGAGCGAGCUCGAAGGCGGCGGAGCGGGGUGGGGGGGUGUCCUCUCCCGGCUGGAUACAGCGCAGUUCCCGCUGGAGCUACUUCUGCAUCCGCAUGGAGUGAAACAUAAACAAACGCACACACGCACCGCGGGAGCGGCAGCCGCUUCGCCGGUGCGGAGGGCAGAGCCGCGGGCACCUCCGGCACCGCCCGGCCUCUUGCUGCCCGCCCUGCGCUGCUGCUCCGGCUCCUAAUCUGAUUUUUUUUUCCUUACCCUCCCUCUCCUUCCCCCUCCCUUCCCCCCUCCCCCCCCCCCCCCCCCCCCCGCUCCGGCGUGCGCAUCGCCCGCGGGGAGCUGGGCUCGGAGUGCAGCGGAGAGCUUGCCAGUCCUUAGCGGAGAGCGGCAUGCCCGCUCGGCGGCUCCCCGCCUGCUAGGCUCCCGUCGGCACCGAGAAGGCGGCGGAGGAGGAGCGGGGUCGGCAGCCGCCCGCCCCGUCGCAGCGCCCCGCUGCCGCAGCCGCCCGCGGGGGAGGCCAAGAUGGCAGAGGCGUCGCCCCCCGCCCCGCUCUCGCCCCUGGACGUGGAGCUGGACCCCGAGUUCGAGCCGCAGAGCCGUCCUCGCUCCUGCACCUGGCCCCUGCAGAGGCCCGAGCUGCAGGCCAGCCCCGCCAAGCCCGCCGGCGAGCCGCCCGCCGAUGCCGCCUCCAUGAUCCCCGAAGAGGAGGACGACGAGGAGGAGGGGGGCGGCUCGGCCAUGGCCGUCGGCAGCGCGGCCCCCACGGCCGGUGAAGCGGCGGCGGCCACCACCGUCCCGGAGGAGGCGGCGCGGCUGCUGGCCCCGCUGCCCGGAGGCGGCCCGGAGGGGCCGAGCCUCUCGCCUGGGGAAGCAGCGGCAGCCGGUGGGGGACUGAGUGGGGGCCCGGCGGCGGCGCCGAGGAAGUGCUCGUCGCGGCGCAACGCGUGGGGCAACCUCUCCUACGCCGACCUCAUCACCCGCGCCAUCGAGAGCUCCCCGGAGAAGCGCCUCACCCUUUCUCAGAUUUACGACUGGAUGGUCCGCUGCGUGCCCUACUUCAAGGACAAGGGCGACAGCAACAGCUCGGCCGGCUGGAAGAACUCCAUCCGGCACAACCUGUCCCUCCACAGUCGAUUCGUCAGGGUGCAGAACGAAGGCACCGGGAAAAGCUCGUGGUGGGUGAUCAAUCCGGACGGCGGCAAAGGCGGCAAGGCGCCCCGGAGACGCGCCGUGUCCAUGGACAACAGCAACAAGUACACCAAGAGCAGAGGGCGGGCGGCUAAGAAAAAGGCAGCCCUGCAGACCGCCCAGGAGACGAGCGAGGACAGCCCCUCUCAGCUCUCCAAGUGGCCCGGCAGUCCCACCUCCCGCAGCAGCGACGAGCUGGACGCCUGGACAGACUUCCGCUCCCGGACGAACUCCAACGCCAGCACCAUCAGCGGCCGCCUGUCGCCCAUCCUGGCCAGCGCGGAGCUCGACGACGUGCAAGAUGACGACGCUCCGCUUUCCCCCAUGCUCUACAGCAGUCCCUCCAGCCUGUCCCCGUCGGUAAACAAGCCCUGCACUGUGGAGUUGCCUAGGUUGACUGAUAUGGCUGGGACAAUGAAUCUGAAUGAUGGGCUGACCGAUAACCUCAUGGACGAUCUGCUGGACAAUAUAACUCUGCCUCCCUCCCAGCAGUCGCCCACGGGUGGGAUGAUGCAGAGAAGCUCCAGUUUUCCUUACGGCUCCAAAGGGUCAGGGCUGGGCUCCCCGUCGAGUAGCUUCAACAACGCCGUGUUUGGGCCCUCGUCGCUCAACUCCCUCCGCCAGUCGCCCAUGCAGACCAUCCAGGAGAACAAGCAGGCCACCUUCUCUUCCAUUUCUCAUUACAACAACCAGACGCUGCAGGAUCUCCUGGCCUCCGACGCGCUGAGCCACAGCGACGUCAUGAUGACGCAGUCUGACCCACUCAUGUCACAAGCCAGCACGGCUGUGUCCGCCCAGAAUUCCCGACGGAACAUAAUGCUCCGCAGUGACCCCAUGAUGUCAUUCGCCGCGCAGUCCGGCCAGGGGGGGCUCAUCAGUCAGAGCCUGCCCCAUCACCAGCACCAGUCCCACAACUCCCCUCUUAGCGGCAGCCGUGCCUUGUCCAGUUCCAUCAGCAACAUAGGCUUGAGUGACUCCAGCAGCUUGGGAUCCACCAAACAUCAGCACUCCGCUGUCAAUCAGUCUAUGCAAACGCUUUCCGACCCCCUCUCAGGCUCCCCUUUGUACUCCUCUAGCGUGAACCUCCCAGUCAUGGGACACGAGAAAUUCCCAAGUGACUUGGACCUGGAUAUUUUCAAUGGGAGCCUGGAGUGUGACAUGGAGUCUAUUAUCCGCAGUGAACUCAUGGAUGCAGAUGGGCUGGAUUUUAACUUUGAUUCCCUCAUCUCAGCUCAGAACGUUGUCACUCUGAAUGUGGGGAACUUCACUGGUGCUAAACAGGCUUCGUCACAGAGUUGGGUGCCAGGCUGAAGGCCCUUUGAGAGCAGGGAAAAUGGGCAAACAGGCCCUCAAACUGACACAAGAUGUAGAGAGAGAACCCUUUGCCAAAUCUGCUGUCAGCAAGUGGACAGUGAUACUGUUUACAGCUUACAACCUGCGUGAACCCUGCGUUAUUGUCCUAAUGAAGCAGACUGUUAAUAGGCCUCUUACUGGAGUGAAGAUUCUCCUUUUUGCUUUCUUUCUUCUUCCUUUUCUUCUUCUUUGUUUCUUUCCCUUUCUUUUUUGUUUUGUUUUGUUUUGUUGGGAAUUGAACUAAUUCUGAAGUAUGCAAAAUCUUCCUGUUCUGGGAUGGUUCAAGCACCUGCUGUGGAGACAAUGUUCAGCACCAUCCUGUUGAGAACACACUGUGUAGCCUUUACAGCAGUUACUUGUCAAUGAGUAUGUGGUGUUUUCAUAUGUUAAUGGUUUAUAGGAUGUUUUAAGUUGGCUUUUCUUUUUUGGAGGUUUCCUCUGUCUGCCCACCCUCCCCUCCUCGUAACCUCCAGCUUGAUUUCCUUAGGAUUUUGGGUUUGGGUUUUUCUUGGACCACUUCUGCUUUCUCUCCCUGGGAAAUCUGAAGUACUGUGCAUGUGCAAGGAAACCAUCACAGCCCAGCACUGCUCAGACAUCAGGGCUAUCUGAAACCAUCACAGCCCAACACAGCUCAGACAUCAGGGCUAUCUGAAACCAUCACAGCCCAACACUGCUCAGACAUCAGGGCUUUCUGAAACCAUCACAGCCCAGCACAGCUCAGACAUCAGGGCUAUCUGAAACCAUCACAGCCCAACACUGCUCAGACAUCAGGGCUUUCUGAAACCAUCACAGCCCAGCACAGCUCAGACAUCAGGGCUUUCUGAAACCAUCACAGCCCAGCACAGCUCAGACAUUAGGGCUAUCUGAAACCAUCACAGCCCAACACAGCUCAGACAUCAGGGCUUUCUGAAACCAUCACAGCCCAGCACAUCCCAACACAGCUCAGACAUCAGGGCUCUAUGACUCCAUGGCGCUGAAUGCCGACCAGCUGGCUGAAUUCCAGAGAGAGAUGCUGUGUGUGGUCUCUUUGUUUGUUGGGUUGGUUUGUUUCUUUCUUCAGAAAUCCUUUCCUUAACUUGAGUGGUACACCCCUGCUUUCCAUAGGUGUCGGGCCAGAGCUGGUUGCAGAAGAAGCCAAGGCCUCUUGGCUGACGAGGACAUGCACCCAGGCAGGGGCCCGUCUGCUGCCCACCACAGCAGGCUCUCCUGCCUUUGGUUAGCCAGGCUGCAGCUCCCGCUGCAGCGAGCUGCUGAGGAGUUAGAAGCUGAGCUGCCAGGCAAGUCCAACAUAGCCACCUGUAAAGAUGUGUUUGAAAAAGUGACAAAUGAGGGAAAUGUGCCACUUGGCAGCAGAGCUGCGUGUAGAGGCUGGCUGUUGGCAGGUGCCUUGCAGUGGCAAGGCUGGGUGCUGAGGCCCAGGUGGCUGCAGGGUGUGAUGCUGCAUCAGUGAUCCUUUUGGUUUUGGUUGUUGUUGUUUUGGACAUAUCCUGGAUUAUUUUUUCCUUCUUGUUCUGUAUAAUCUGUUGUGGCAGAGGAAGCAGGAGAGGGAACAGCAAGGUGACAGUAUCACCCAAAUGGCUUUAUUUUCCUAGGGACAUAGAUGGUAAGAGGACAAAGGGGACUGAGCAACAAGGCAGUUUUGUAUCUUUUGCUUCUAAGAUUCUUUAAUUUUUUUUCUUUUGUAAAAUGAAUAAUUAAUAAUAAUAAUGAUGAUGAUGAUGAUGAUGAUGAAUAAAAGGUAUGGUGCUGUAUAGAUCCUCUCUAUAAUCUGGAAAGUUUGGUUACUUUUUAUUAGUAUCUGGGGAGAGGGUGGGAUAGCAGGAAGAAAAAACCAGAGGGGAAGACACCAAUGGUACAUAGGAAGUCAUGGUGAAGAGGAGAGUGUAAAGAGAAUUCUCCAAAGAGCUAGAUGAAGUUUGGUUUGGGUUCUUCUUUUGUUGUUGUUGCUGUUGUUCUCUGCAUAAAAAAGCAUUAUGCAUAUAAAUAUAUAAAUAUAUUUUAUUAUGUACAGAAAUGGAUCAUUAUGCAUGGAUGUUAGGAAAACAAACAGACAAACAAACAAGCAAACCAAAAGUAGCAUUUUAACCCGAGGUUCUCGGUGCAUGAGUUCCCUCUGCCCAUGCAAUGUGGAGUGACUCCCCCUCGCUGCCGCCGCCUCCGCGCAGGCACAGCCAUGCACACGCAGACACGGACACACACACACACACACACACACACGCAUUCGUGGGCCCUUCCUUGCUCCUCACUUUCCAGAUCCCUGCGGUGAUAGUGGUGAACAGCAGCUCCUAGUGUGAUGGAAGUUUUCUUUCGUGCCGUGGCCCCCACACUGGUGUCUCAUCGCAGAGUCCCUCUGGGUUUCUCCCCGCAGUUAGGACUCGGUAGGCUGUGCAGCUGUGGCUGUUGGCGUAGCCCUAGAGCACCUCCACUCUCCCAAGCAGCCAAGGGUUUAUCAUUUGCCUUUCUCUCUUCUUUCCAGGGCCAUGUGGUCUGUUUGGCAGCCUGGGGGCUAUUGGAGCUAGCCGAUGCUCAUUGCCUGUCUCUCUCUAGCCAGCUACCCAGGGUGCUCCUGUGUGGCACAGUGGUCAUCUGGGCUAGGCUUUGCUGAGUCCAGCUGCAGGCACCUUCAGCCAAAACUGGUGGAGAGCUUUACCACCAGCCUCCUCUGAGGGUGUAACACAAGCUCUCGGCUUCCUGGUGCACCCCAAAAUGUGAGUGUAUGCUGAAGGCCUUCCCUCUGGUGCUCUUUUCCCUGAGGCUCCUUCAUGGCUGCUGCCCUGCAGCUGGACUUGUCUCCCAUCCCUGCAGGUCUGGCCACCAGUAGAGCUCCCUUGGUGGCCACUGUGCUAGAAUGCAGCUUUUGGCCAUCUGCACAGGUGAAACUACCAGUGAGACCUGGAGUGCCUGCCCAAAGACCACCAAACAGGUCACUGACAGUGCCAGUGAGACCUGUCUUGAUGGUGUGGCCAAGGUGACCAAAAUCUAUCCUUUUUUUCCCCUUGGCCUGGAUGUAGUUGUCUGAAUGCAAGGGAAGGUCCAUUAGCUUCAACCAAACAGGGGCAACAUCUGCUCUGCUGCUGCAGCCUAGCCCCCUUGACAGCUAGCUCGGGCUGGCAGAAAUGACAGAGAAAACCAUGGCCCACUCUGCUCAGAGGAUGGAUUAAGAACACUUCUUGAUUUAGGGACAGCCAACAGCAGACCAGAUUUAACAAAGCUCAAAGCAUGAGCUGCUGGGAAGGCUUAGCCUGCCUCCCAGCAACACCCAGGAAAGCAUUUUCUUGGCAUGGCUGGGACACAUUGGGCUUUGGAGAGCAUCCCAGCACUUGCUCAAGACAGGUGGACUCGGCCAACCUCUUGGUUUGGUUUGGUUUGGUUUUCUUGUGCUUAUUUUGGGGCCAGCAUUUUCAAACAGAAGUGCCUGGUGUCAGGCACCUGCGGUGUGGUUGUAGGGGGUGAGCUGCUCUGCCCCCAUUGCUUCUGGGAGGAAGGAGAGACUGCAGGUGCCCCCAGGCCCCCAGGAAGGUCAUCACCACCUACACUUGCUGAGGUGCCCAGCAAAUGCCCUUCUCUCCAGAGGUGCUAAAUUAGUCUUGCUGACUUCAAGGUGUCAAAAUACAGACUUGAAUGGCUAAUUUGGGGAGCCUACCUUUUGUGAAUUUGGCCUUUUGACUAUGGUAAUGCCUAGAAGCUCUUCUGCAGCCGUGUAAACCAGGUAGAGGCCCAGAACAGUGAUGCAGUCAUCACUUAACCACUUCGUCUGUACAGAAGCUCUAAAAGGGAGGUGACAUUUACACAGUUCAUAGGUUUGGGGCAAACUGAUGAAGUAAUUGGAUUGGAUUAUUUUGUACCAGAACUUUUCUCUUGAGAAUGACUUGGAUAGUUUGCAGGCUCACAGGAUGUUAGGGGUUGGAAGGGACCCAAGGAGAUCAUCGAGUCCAACCCCCCUGCCAGAGCAGGACAAUCCUAUCUAACACAGAUCACAGAGAAACACAUCCAGACAGGCCUUGAAAAUCUCUAUAGAAGGAGACCCCACAACCUCUCUGGGCAGCCUGUGCCAGUGCUCUGGGACCCCUACAGUAAAGAAGUUUCCCCCUAGUUGACCACUGCUGAACUCCAGAUUUUUUUCUGUGCCACUGCUUCCCAGAGAUAACCUUUUGGGCGAUGUAGUUCUCAUUGCUUGGCAAUCAGUGUCCUAUACAGACCUUAAGCAUUGCCACCAGAUGCGAAGGGGGACCAGACACAUUUUGUUACUAUGUGUUGGAAGGGAGAAAAAGAAAAACCAAACCAAGCAAACCACAGGAUUGUACAUUUGGCUUCUCAUGUUUAACUUUUUUUUUUUUCCUUUUUUUUUCUUAUUAAACAAAAAAACCCAAAAAAAAAAAAAAAGUUGCAUGAUGGGAAAAAAAACAAUCAAUCUAUGUAUACAGUAUCUGUAAAACUGUUUUAUCUGGUUUAGUUUUGGUUUCAAGCCAUGUAAAUGGGAAGAAUUACUCAAUCCACAGCCUUACCGUGCAUGGGCAUCUUCACGUAGCGAAGAGCUGACUACUUUCUACUUUUCAUUUGGGCUACCUUGUACUUUCAUUUGAAAGCAGACACCUCUCAUCUUGCAGUCUUACUGAGGGUUUUUCUAUUUAAAAGGAAAAAAAAAAACCUGAUAACUGCCCUAGAGGAUUAUAUUACACAGAGGAAGGAAGGAAGUUUGUUUUGGAGCAAAAGCUGCCCCUUUCCAAAGGAGGUAGAGAUGCAGUGCUUAACUCCACUUGGUGUUAGUAGCUAUUGCCUUGUGUAUUCCAUUUUCAAUUGUAAUCUAGUUUGUAAGAGAGAUGGUGACGCAUGUAAAUAAAGCAUAAUGGAUCUCUACAUUGCA